GGACGUUGGCCGCAAAAGUCACCUAGUGUGUUUACGAGGAUAAGAGAAGUUAUUUCGAAUACCAUCGAAAUAAUCUUCAAUAUACUUUUGAUGAUGGAAAUCUAUGUAUUAUCAUCCGAUUUGAAAUUUAACAUCUUUUUAGAUAUUCUGGUAGUGCUAAUCAUCGCAACUGGGCAUUUAGUCAAGAUUGUGAUUUUCAAAGUAAAAACUAAAGUUUGGCUGGAUAUUUUUGACCAACUGAAAUCGCCUUGCUUCAACGAUUAUCCUGAAGAAUUUGAAUAUAAUAACAGAAGACACGUUAACUUCUCCAAAAACUUCGGCAAUUUGUUCCAGUUUUCCUGCUGUUGGUCCACCGGAAUGAUGAUUUUUCAACCACUAUUUUCAAAUGUCGACCUACCGAUGAAUUGUUCAUUUGUAACAGAACCUUUCAUUCCAUACAUGUAUGCUGGUCAGGUAAUGUUUAUUCUCCUCUGCGCUUUUUCGCAUAGUUCUAUUGACGUCUUAAUCACUGAUCUAAUAGGAAUCAUUGUUGGCCAAUUGGAUGUUUUAGGAGAGAAAAUUAAAGCUUACGAUACUAAUAAGACCAAAGAAAAAAUCGAUUUGAAACAAUGUGUACAACAUCAUGUAGAAAUAAUCAAGUUUGUCAAUAAUUUGAGGCAAGCAACAUCUGUGAUAAUUCUCAUUGAAUAUGUUAAAAGCGCUUUGGUUGUUUGCUUUUUGGGAGUUCAAGCAGUGCAUAUCGAUCCUAUGAGCUUGACUUUUUUAAAAAUGCCUGUGUAUUUAAUUGUAAUGUUAUUUCAACUAUUAAUUUAUUGUUUCUUUGCUAAUAAAAUUAUAGAUAAGACCCAAGAAAUAGGCGAUGCUUGCUACUUCUCUAUGUGGUAUUCUUAUAAAAACACGUGUGAUAAAAGAAGUUUAAUUCUUAUAAUGGAAAGAAGUAAAAGACCACUUUAUUUAACUGCAGGAAAAAUAUAUGUUGUGUCAUUGCAAUCGUUUACCGAUGUUCUAAAUUCAUCGUACACAUAUUUCACUUUGAUGCAAUCUUUAUAUGGGAAGAAUUACAAUUGA